UUCCUCAGCAGGGUACCAGUCACAGUAGCUUCCGCUCGGAGGCUGAGCGCAAAGCUAACAACAACAACAUAGCGGUGCAUCUUGCAUCGCCUUGUGUCAGUAGAACUGAAGUUUAAAUUCGUCACACCAAAAACAUGUCUUGGUGUUAUAUUUCAACAAACCUGUAAGAAAGCGACAGUUUCUUCAUUCAGUCUGUGCUCCAAGAUGACGCUGGCAGUUGACUGCUGAAAUAGAGGACACGUCGGAUAUAGUUAGCUACAGUCUUUUUCAAACAAGGCCUGAAACCGUAACGAAAAGCGAAAGCCAGGUAACUUUUUCGAGACAAUAACUCCACUGAUCUAACAGUAACACUAAAUAAGUGCUUUAUCACUCAGAAGAGCACGUGUCCUCAAAAUGAGAGGUUCGUACGGAGACAGAGACAGAGACCGUGGCCGCGACAGAGGCAGCCCUCGUUUCGGGUCCAGCAGAAGUGGCCCACCAACAGGUAAAAAGUUCGGGAAUCCCGGGGACCGUUUACGAAAGAAGAGGUGGGACCUCGAUGAGCUUCCAAAAUUUGAGAAGAACUUCUAUAGUGAACACCCUGAAGUCCAGCGAAUGAGCCAGUAUGAUUUUGAGGAGUAUCGCAGGAAGAAAGAAAUCACUGUUCGAGGUUCAGGCUGCCCAAAGCCUGUCACCAACUUCCAUCAGGCACAGUUUCCCCAAUAUGUAAUGGAUGUGCUGAUGCAGCAGAACUUCAAGGAGCCCACAGCCAUUCAGGCACAAGGUUUCCCCCUGGCCCUCAGCGGGAGAGACAUGGUGGGCAUUGCACAGACUGGCUCUGGGAAGACCUUAUCGUAUCUCCUUCCAGCAAUCGUGCAUAUCAACCAUCAGCCCUACUUGGAGCGUGGAGAUGGACCCAUUUGCUUGGUUCUGGCGCCCACAAGAGAAUUGGCGCAGCAGGUCCAGCAGGUGGCAUAUGACUAUGGAAAGUCAUCCCGCAUCAAAAGCACUUGUGUGUACGGGGGUGCUCCCAAGGGACCCCAAAUCCGGGACCUGGAGAGAGGUGUUGAGAUCUGCAUUGCCACGCCGGGUCGUUUGAUUGACUUCCUUGAGGCUGGAAAGACCAACCUGCGACGCUGCACAUACCUAGUUCUAGACGAAGCUGACCGCAUGCUGGACAUGGGCUUUGAACCACAGAUUCGCAAAAUUGUGGACCAGAUUAGGCCUGACAGACAGACCCUGAUGUGGAGUGCCACUUGGCCCAAAGAGGUUCGUCAGCUGGCAGAGGACUUCCUGAAGGACUAUGUCCAAAUCAAUGUUGGAGCGCUGGAACUCAGUGCCAACCACAACAUCCUUCAGAUAGUUGAUGUCUGUAUGGAGAGUGAGAAGGACCACAAGUUGAUCCAGCUGAUGGAGGAGAUUAUGGCUGAGAAAGAGAACAAGACCAUCAUCUUUGUGGAGACCAAGAAACGAUGUGACGACCUCACACGCAGAAUGAGACGUGAUGGGUGGCCAGCCAUGUGUAUUCAUGGUGACAAGAGCCAGCCAGAAAGAGACUGGGUGUUGUCAGAGUUCCGUAGCGGCAAAGCUCCCAUCCUCAUUGCUACUGACGUUGCUUCCCGUGGUUUAGAUGUGGAGGAUGUCAAGUUUGUCAUCAAUUAUGACUAUCCCAAUUCAUCGGAGGACUACAUCCAUCGCAUCGGCCGUACGGCCCGCAGCACCAACAAAGGCACUGCCUACACCUUCUUCACCCCAGGUAACCUCCGCCAGGCCCGCGAGCUGAUCCGGGUGCUGGAGGAGGCCCGACAGGCCAUCAAUCCCAAACUGCUGCAGCUGGUUGACAAUGGUCGUGGAGGAGGUGGAGGAGGUGGCCGUCCCCGUUUCCGUGGCAGCUCCAAUUCUAACAAUCCCAACCUGAUGUACCAGGACGAGUGUGAUCGGCGAAUGCGUUCUGUGGGUGGGGGCGGGAGCUCCAAGGACAGCCGCGGCAGCAGCAACUACAGUCGUGAUAGCCGAGAUAGCCGCGGCGGAAGCAGCCGGGAUGGGGACCGCUCCUCCUCCUCUUCCUCCUCAUACAGAGAUCGCAGUAGCAGGGAUGGAGGACGCAGCUAUGGCUCUGGCUCCAACUCGUAUGACCAGUACCAGAAUAACAGCAGCAGCAGCGGCCAGUACAGCAGCUCCAGAGGCGCCUCUGGUUCAGGGGGCAGUGGAGUGGGGCAGGUCCCACCUCCAUCGUCGGUCCCCCAGCCUCUGAUGGCCCAGCAGUUCAACCCUCCCCAGCCCAUGAUGGGCCUGAUGGGGCACUCAGCAUUCCAGUUUGGUCCUCCACCACCGCCUCCUCCCUCAGGGAGAAAGUAAAGUAAUCUGUGCACCACAGUCACACACGACACAAAACACACUACACCCAUUCACACAGACAGUUUCAAAAUCAGUCAGAAAUGUCUUGAUUGCAAGGAUUUAGUCCUGGGCAUUUGUCCACCGUAACAUCACCAUUCCAGUUAAGAACUUGUUUGGGUUGCAACGAAUCAGUGCACUGUGCUUUGAAAUUCCUUCUUCAGCAUCAACAUGGUUUUGUAACAUUUAGACUGGUUCCCAGAUUGUUUAUUAAAUUGUCAACCCUU